AUGAGUCACUAUUCCACUGCCUGUGUUGGCACUGUAACUUUUAGUCAAGAGGUUUUGGGUUCAUGGCCAGAACACCAGAAGUGUCCUGGGCUCCAGAUCCACCACCUCUUCAGGGCUGAUGAUGUGAGGCUCUUCAGGAACAUUGGCUACAACGCAACUCAAUCCUUCUUCGGCUUCAUUAUCAAGCUGAGCGGGGCAGAUAAGGUCAUGUCUGACCUCAUCAAGCAGGUUCCCUCCAUUACCCGGUCUGUGGGCCGUGACAGGAUCUUGGCUCUCCGCCAGCAGACUCAGUUCCUCUGGGACGCCUACUUUUCUUCUGUAACCAAAAUCGUCUUAACUACUCUGGAGAUCAUCCAGGACCGCGUGGACUCCCAUGUGUCCAGAAACCGCUUGUUGUGGAAUUCCCUACCUGGUGGUCUCUAUGCACUCCCCCAGUAUUCAACUGACCCUGCCCAGUUCCCUUUUUACUAUGCCAUAUUGGGUAAGAGUCCGUCACAGCAGUUCACAGCUGUGAUCCAUACGGUUACUCCUCUGCAGUCCCAGAUCUCCCCUGUGGUGAAGCUCAUCAUCGCUGUAGCCAAGUCCAAGUUCUGUGCACAGAUUGUGAUUUUAUGGAACUGCGACAAGCCUUUACCUCCAAGGAACAAGUGGCCCUCCACCAGCGUGCCUCUCACUGUCAUUGAAGGACAGACCAAGACGAUGAGCAGUCGUUUUUUCCCCCACGACGCCAUCCUCACUGAUGCCAUCCUCAGUCUGGAUGAAGACUCGGUUCUCUCAACAAACGAGGUGGAUUUUGCCUUCAUUGUAUGGCAAAGCUUCCCGGAGCGUAUUGUUGGUUAUCCAGCGAGGAGCCACUACUGGGAUAGCUCCAGAUCCCGCUGGGGCUACACCUCCAAAUGGACCAACGACUACUCCAUGGUCCUCACGGGCGCAGCUUUCUACCACAGAUACUACCACUACCUGUUCACCCACUACGUAAAUGCCAACCUGUUGACCAUGGUGGACCGCAUGGCUAAUUGCGAAGACAUCCUGAUGAACUUCUUGGUUUCGGCUGUUACCAAGCAGCCGCCGAUCAAAGUCACGCAGAAGAAGCAGUACAAGGAAACCAUGAUGAGCCAGGGCUCCAAAUCGUCUCGGUGGGCCGACCCAGACCACUUCGCCCAGCGACAGACCUGCAUGAAUGCCUUCAGUCACUGGCUGGGUUUCAUGCCCCUGGUGCACUCCCAGAUGAGGCUGGACCCUGUGUUGUUCAGGGACCAGGUUUCCAUCCUGAGGAAGAAAUACAGGGACAUUGAGAGGCUGUGAGUGCACAAGGAUGCACACCAAAUCAUUGUGUGUGUUCGAGAUGCCGUGACAGGAAUACACACACUGAAUGUGAACAUUUGUGAGGCUAUAAAGGAAAACUCCCACAUGGACACCAGAGAUAAAAAAAAAAAAAAUAAAAUCGUGAGGUAUGCAUACGGCAUAUAACUGCGUAUUUCUAUGAAGAAUAAAAAGAAAAACACAAUUCUGUGUGUGCGGUUGAUAACAGCGAGUGACUGUGCAUAUCCGCCAUAUACUUAAAUAAGAAUGCAUGGAUACACAUGCAACAAAGACCUGGACACAUUCAAGACUGUCCUGACCACAGACAUACAGUAUGUGUUGCAUGGUUUGAACAAGACAACUGUACAAGGACCUGAAAACAUAAUGUGUUGGAAUUAAAAAAGAAGACCUAAGAGCUAUGUUUACUGUGGAGGUCCGAGUGUUGAGGAAGAGUAUACAGUAUAAUGGACAAAGGUAAAGGGAUUUAUGGGCUAUAGAUUGUAUUCAUAAGGUCAAAGGACACACUCUGUGGGGUUAUGUAUGUAAAGUAUAGACACAUUGUGGACAAAAGGGACACACUAGCUUCUGGGUCAUGCCACGUUACAGCUGCUACUCCAAAAC